CGAUACUUCAAACACGUUAUUCAUGUGUUGUUUGGUUUAAUAAACACACAAAACAUUGCAAACAAUUAAAAGGCAUUGAAAUUGAUUUGCAUUUGAUUUAUAGUUUUAAUUUGAUUGUCAUUUCAAUUGAAAUCAUUUGAUAACCGAUCACUUACUUCACUCAUGAAGACAUUCAUCGAUUAGGCUUAUUGUGGUUAAUUAUAAGACAUUUGUUGGACAAUAACAAUAACAACAACAACAAUGACAGCCAAAGUAUUCAAUGUGUUUGCAAAUCUCGAGACUGAGUUCUUGGAGGCCAAGAAAAGCCUUAAAGAUGUGGACGAAUCCAUCAAAAGAGUGACCGGAAGGGAACCCAACAACAGUAAUUUCAUGACUAAAGUAGUCAAAGAACGAUCAGUCGAUCGACCGAAUCGGUCGACAGCAUCGUUGGCCAGUAAUUACUCGAAGUCUAACUCAGUCGUCGACGAACAGUCAUAUGAACCGCAAAGAAAGAGACGGUUUUACGGCAAUAAUAUGAACCGAUCACGUAUUAGUGAGAGAGAGUCGAGCAAUGACUUCGACGAACCGAUCCGUAAGCCGACUGUCCAGUCAUCAGUUGUGGCGCCCACUCGUGAAGUGAAACCACGAACUCAAGCCUUAGAAGAACAGAAAAAGGAUAAGAGUUUGGCCCGAAAUAAGCGUAUGUUUGGUAUGAUUUUAGGUACUCUUCAAAAGUUUCAAAAUGAAGAAUCCAGUAAAAGGGAUACGCAAACAAUGAAAAGAGUGGAAAUUGAGAAGAAAUUGGAUGAAAAGGCAGAACAAGAAAAGAUUGCCUUAAAGAAAGAAAGACGAGAAUUGUUUCUAAUCAGACGUGAAAAAGAAGCCCAAAUCAGACGUAUUGAACAUAAGAUGGAAAGAGUGGAAAUUCAUCGAGAAUGGGAGCGUUCACAUCAACAUCUGUCUAAUUACAUCCAAACAAAAACCAAACCAAAUAUUUUUUAUUUGCCCGCAAAACAAACGCCAGAAACUGAAAAGAGAUUACAGGAAUCUAAAGACAAAUAUAGAUUGAUUGUCGCCGAAAAACGGGCUAAAGUUCAAAAAGAAUUGGCAGAAAUUGAUGAACUCUACAAAAAGGAAGAGCAAAAUGAUGUCAUCGAUGAAGAAAUGGAAGACGUGGUCAACGAUGAAUCCAACGCAAAGGAGAACAACACAGAUGAGCACAAAAAUGAUGACCAAAAUGAUGAGAAACUAUCAGUUAAUGAAACUAACAUUAAUAGCAAUCAUAUUUCAGACGACCUAAAUAAGACUCAACUCUUAAGUGAGUCUAUAAAUGCCAACACUGGUGAACACUCGCUCAAUGGUAGUAUUAUAGACAAUGCCAGCGACGUUAAGAUGCAAACUAAUGAAGAAUCCAUUGGUGAUAAAGAGUUUGAGCCAAUAUAUGAUGAAUGAAUUGGUGUCAAACAUUUUCAUGACAUUAAUCCUAUUAUUAUAUAUA